CAGAGAGUUGCGCUUAUUAUAUGAAGACUGGACUUUGCAAGUUUGGAUAUAAUUGCAAGUUUAAUCACCCUAUUCGAAGGACGACCCAGGCUGUUAAGGAAAAGGUCAAGGAAGAAGUUGAAUCAACAGAGAAACCUAGCCAGACAGAAUUACUACCUAAGAACUGGUGGAUGUAAGUUUGGGAAUGCUUGUAGGUUCAACCACUCAACAGCUAAAUCUUCAACGAGUCCAAUUUUAGAGUUUAACUUUCUUGGGUUGCCUAUCCGACAGGUAGUUACGCUCUUACUGAAUAAUUGGAUUUGUGAACUCUAUACUAAGUCCUGAUGUUCGUCGAGUUCUUUCUACUAUCAGCCGAAUCGUAUCAGAUCUAGUUUUAGUGAUUAAUUAUAGUAAUCAUUCUGGGAAUUGAAAAGAUUUAGUUCAUCACAGGGGGAGAAAGAAUGCCCCUAUUACAUGCGUAAUGGGUCCUGCAAGUAUGGAGCCAACUGCAGGUUUAAUCAUCCUGAUCCUACAGCUGCUGGGGCUUGUGACCCAACUUCCGGAUAUGGUAAUGGUGGAUCUGUUUCACCUCAAGCUGCAUCACAAGUGAAUAUGUUGCCCUGGUCAUCACCUAGGGCAUUGAAUGAGACUGCUGCCUAUAUACCGAUUAUGUUUUCACCUCCGCAAGUUGUUCCGCCACCAAACCCAGAAUGGAAUGGGUAUCAGACAACUGUAUACCCCCCACCAGAAGGGAGUUUGCAUCCAGCCCCAGCAUAUGUCAUGAACAACCCGGCAACUGAAACUGCUGUCUAUACUCAUAACCAGCCUCAGAUGGUGGCUGAUGAAUUCCCUGCACGGCCUGGCCAACCUGAGUGUAGUUACUUCCUGAAAACUGGGGACUGUAAGUUUAAAUCUAAUUGCAAAUAUCAUCAUCCAAAAAAUAGAGUUGCAAAGAUGGCUCCAUGUGUUCUCAGUGACAAGGGAUUGCCACUCAGACCUGAUCAAACCAUCUGCUCACACUAUAGCCGCUAUGGUAUUUGCAAGUUUGGACCAGCCUGUAAAUUUGACCAUUCAAAACAGGAAGCUCCAUCAACAAUGGCAAUGGCCGGACUGGAUCAGCCUCCACCAUUCAGCCAUUCUGCUGCUACAGAACAAACCGGAAUCGCUGGUGGUACUGAUACUGCAGUUCAGCAGACUGUGUAAAAAGAAUUUUCAGCCAACGCUCCCUAGCUUUUUAGAUCUGACAUUAGCAAGGAUUCUAAAUUUUAUUUUCUGAACUGCAAGACUCCAUUUAACUUGUUUCUACCCCUUGUUCCUUUGCCACAAGCUUUUUGGGGAUGGCAAUAUAUAAUAUAUCGUAGUUAGGAUGCUGUUGUGUUGCUAGUUUUUGAAGCUGAAAAUGAAAUCAGGAUAUGUAAAUUAUCUCGGUUUCAUGUCAUACUACAAACUAAUACAAUACCUUUGAAAUGGUGUGUGAA